CCUACCACAACACUGUAACGUACGCGAGCUAAGAAUAUUUGCGUGCACGUGUGAACAACACAGACUGCAGCGCUAUCUGUACGGCGACAGGGAGAACCAUUCAGAUUCUAGCCAAAUAGCCAGCUGAUCGACGAGGCAGCCGCGGAGCAGCAGUCAGCCGGCGCGGCGUGUGUUGUGGUUGUGUGUUAGGUUGUGUGUGAUUUUUGCGUGAGUGUGUGUGAGUUGUGGUCUGUGUUAGGAUGUGGAGGAUUUUCGUGUUGACUGCAUGCGUUCAAGAGCUUGUAGCAGUAAACUACACAGUGCAGGUGUACGCUAAAGCGAACACUUCUGAUGAUGUUUCGUUAGCGGAAAUGAAGGACGCUUUGAAGGAAGUGAUUAAAUGCCGGGUGCCAUGCGGUUGGAAUGUCAGCACUUGUGUCAACGAGGGCCACUCGUGGGGCGGGCUGGUGGCUCCGGGGGCGGCGCGCGCCUUCGACGUCCGCAUCGUCGAGGAGGAGGCGGGAGCCGCCGCCGGGGGCUGGCCCGACGCCGCCGCCGCCGACCGCCCCAGCGCGCUGGAAGUGUGGGGCUUCGGCCUCGUCUCGGUGGCGGUGAUCAGCCUGUCGGGACUGGGCGGCGGGGUGUUCAUGCCCUUCAUACACACCAAGUACUACCUGCUGGGCAUUAACUUCUUCCUGGGGCUGGGCGCCGGCUCCCUCACUGCCACGGCCACGCUGCAGCUGAUCCCGGAGGCUUUUCGGAUCAUGGACUAUGUCGAUCACUACAUCAACAUAUCAUUGAGUAUUUUGGGCUGCAUAUGGACACUUUAUCUUUGCCAAAACCUAUCGAAAGUUAUAUUUCAUACCAAAGAGGCACCUGAUCUUCGGGGGCCCGACAGAGACCAGAGUGGCAGCAUACGGCUGGAAGAGGACAGCCUACUCACCAUCACCACAGUCAGGGUUAAUGGUGACCUGGAGGGGCCAGACAAGGACCUAAGCAGUUUACCAAUUGAUGAUGACACCUUGCUGGCACCUGUUUCCACUACAAAAGUUUUAAAGUCAGUUGGAGAAGGCAUUGCCCCGCUGGCGAUGAUGAUCAUCAUUGGAGACGGCAUCCACAACUUCAUGGAUGGCAUGUCCAUCGGAGCUGGCUACGCGCAGAACGUGAAGACAGGAAUGGGUUUGGCGAUCGCAGUCGCUUGUGAAGAGUUUCCUCACGAAUUAGGGGAUUUUGCUAUUCUGAUCAGCUCAGGAAUGCCAGUGAAAAAGGCUUUGUUGUACAACUUUCUGUCAGCGUGUACAAUAUAUUUUGGUCUGGCAGUAGGAAUAAUGCUGGGUGAAUUCCAAGUUGAGUUCAUUUUUGCGUUUGCUGGGGGUCUGUUCCUGUACGUCGCGUUGACAGGCUUGUUCCCAGAGCUGAGCCAGAUGUUGGAGGACUGUUUGAAGAAGAGCAGAAGAAAAGCGUUCUGGAUUCUUUUGCUGCAGUGUGCUGGCACAAUGACUGGCAUCACUAUCCUCUACCUAGUGACUGCUUAUUCGUGAUUCGUUGAAUCACUCUUGUAGUUCCAGACGUUCGUCCUUGAGGAUCGUUAUCAUCGAACAACGUGUUUACUUUUAUUCAUUGUUUACUUCCUUUGCUCAGGCUGUCACAUUUUAGGUAGUUUUUAUUGUUGGUAGUGUAAUUUAUUUUAAUUGCGAGUGACACAGUUUUAAGUUGUUGAAAAGUAUUAAUUGUUUGUUAUUUAUUCUUGAAAAAUAAUUGAAAUAUUAGACAUUAUUUUGAUUAUAGAUGUAGAUAGGGUCAUUUUCCAUUACAGAAACUAAGGCCAGAAUGUGCACACCCGCCAUAAUUCUGUUACUAAAUGCAAUUUUUUUUGUUCAAAGAGUAAAAAUGUUGCUGCAGUUCCCUUUUAAAGGUGUUUUAUAAAAAUAAAGAACACACACUUCAAUAAAUUUAAUUUCAUGCUUUAUCUGUAAUAUAUUUACUGAUGAUGUUCUUCCAUUGUCUUAGGAGUUACCUAAUAGUUCACUUGCAUUAAGUUUGCUUUUGACAAAAAAAAAAAAAAAAAAUGCCUUUAUACACUCUUGUCUUAUGACAUCAGCGCAUGACUUGCUGGAGCUUCAGACCACAUGAUGAUGAUGAUGAUGUGUGAGAAUGGUUUGAAGAACUGAGACUAAGAUGUUCUGGAUUUGGUUAAGGAACUCCUACCGCUUCCCAUUUUUGCACGGAUGUAGUUAGUAAUGGAACUCGGCCUAUAGUACAAAAAUUGUUAUGACCAAUAAAAGAUAGUAUAGUUGUCGAACUCCAAAGAACGUAAUAUUGGUGGAGUUCAGUUUUAAAAAAAUGGUUGUACAGUGCUGCCAGUUGUAAAUCAUACAAUGUACAGUGUAAAUUCCCAUGUUUCUACAGAAAAAAUAGUCUUACCAUAUUUUUUAUAAUAAAAUAUGUAUGGAAAGAAA